GAAUGUUCUUUCUCCUUACAGUUUCCACGGGCUAGCCGGGCAAUGUCACAGCAGAAGCAGCAGUCUCAGGAGACUCCAAGUGUUCUCAGAUGCCCCCCUUGCCGAGGCCCACCUCCUUCCCUGGUCUCCUGCUCUGCUCCUUGCCCUCCCUGUGCAGGAGGCUGUGAUUCUGGUUCCCAAAGGCCCCGGGAUCAGAGCCUGGCCAGCUCUUGGAGGGCUCGGAGGGCUCCCCGGAAGCCCCGCUGUCUCAGCGGUGGCACAACCUACCACAUCAAAGAGGAGGAGUGUUGAGGAGUGUUAAGGUGACUGAGGAAGAGGAGCGUACACGAGGACAGCUGCUCUUGCCCCACCCCGGUCUCCUGCACUCGUUCCCCUGGAAGUUCAGUCCUCUCCCUCUCAUUUGGUCUGCGGAAACACCUCCUGAUGCCCCUGCACUUAGGAGACUAGAACUCUGCUUAGCUGCACUUGGGUGUCUGUCUUCCACCCACCCCUUCAGCUCAGCACCAACACAGCUGCUUUGAAGCUGUGGCUGCUGUGGAUACCUGAGGUUUCUGCUCCGAUGGGCUGAGACUUCUGAAGGUGGGGGCUGCCUCUCCUUUCCUCCUAAGAGAGCUGAGGAUGUUUUAAAGAGAAAAGUGGUUUGAGACUUACAUCUGAGUUCUCAGCAUCCUCACAGCCAUCAACCUGUGUCAUCCCCUGAUCCUAGCACUGACGGCUUCAAUAUAAUAAACAUAUGUUGAAAAUCUACUGUGUUCCAGGCUCUGUGUUCACAGAUGUAAGUAGGAGAUUUGUCUCUGCUUCAGAAAAGCUUACAAUCUAGUGCGAGAAGCAAUGUACACUCUAGACUGAAAUAUG